UUGUAUUCGGUGAAAAAGAAAGAGUCAAAGUUGAAUUUUCUCAGCUCUCACUCUCUUUCUCUCUCUCUUUGCCUCUACUGUAUCAAGCUCGGUUUUGCUUAGCCAUAGUGCGUCUAGGGUUUGGUUGGGGGAGAAGGUUCCGAUCAUGGCGUCGGUAUCGUCGUCGGAUCAAGGACCUAAGACAGAAGCAGGAUGUAGCGGCGGAGGAGGAGGAGGAGGAGGAGAGAGCUCAGAGACAGUGGCGGCGAGUGAUCAGAUGUUGUUGUAUAGAGGUUUUAAGAAGGCGAAGAAGGAGAGAGGUUGUACAGCUAAAGAGCGUAUUAGUAAAAUGCCGCCGUGUACUGCUGGGAAAAGGAGUUCCAUAUACCGCGGAGUCACCAGACAUAGAUGGACAGGUCGUUAUGAAGCUCACCUGUGGGAUAAGAGUACCUGGAACCAAAACCAGAACAAGAAGGGAAAACAAGUUUAUCUAGGAGCAUAUGAUGAUGAAGAGGCUGCUGCUAGAGCUUACGACCUUGCUGCCUUAAAAUAUUGGGGCCCUGGGACACUUAUAAAUUUUCCGGUGACUGACUAUACCAGGGAUUUAGAGGAAAUGCAAAAUCUCUCAAGGGAAGAAUACCUUGCGUCUCUACGUAGAUAUCCCUUUGGCAGAAAAAGCAGCGGUUUCUCAAGGGGAAUAGCAAAAUAUCGGGGACUUCAAAGCCGAUGGGACGCAUCAGCCAGUCGUAUGCCUGGACCUGAAUACUUCAGUAACAUUCAUUACGGGGCAGGUGAUGAUCGAGGAACAGAAGGUGACUUUCUAGGUAGCUUUUGUCUGGAAAGAAAGAUUGAUCUAACAGGAUACAUAAAGUGGUGGGGAGUCAACAAGACCCGUCAACCAGAAUCUUCAUCAAAAGCAUCAGAGGAUGCAAAUGUCGAAGAUGCUGGUACUGAGCUUAAAACACUGGAACACACAUCCCAGGCAACAGAACCAUACAAGGCGCCAAACCUUGGCGUCCUUCGUGGAACUCAGAGAAAAGAAAAAGAAAUAUCAUCACCAUCAAGCUCUUCUGCUUUAAGCAUCUUGUCUCAGUCGCCUGCCUUCAAGAGCCUAGAGGAGAAAGUGCUGAAGAUCCAAGAAAGCUGCAAUAAUGAUAACGAUGAGAAUGCAAAUCGUAACAUCAUCAAUAUGGAGAAGAAUCACGGCAAGGCAAUAGAGAAACCAGUUGUGAGUCAUGGAGUUGCUUUAGGCGGUGCUGCUGUGUUGUCUCUUCAGAAAAGCAUGUACCCGCUCACCUCUCUCUUAACUGCUCCAUUGCUCACCAACUUCAAUACAUUGGAUCCUCUUGCAGACCCUAUUCUCUGGACACCAUUUCUUCCUUCAGGAUCCUCUCAUACUUCAGAGGUGACAAAGACAGAGACCAGCUGUUCCACGUACAGCUACAUUCCACAAGAGAAAUGAGCCGUUCCCUUUAGACUUUAUGUAUGUCAGAUUCUCCUUUGGUGAGAUGAAUUUGUCGACUUGCCAUCUGUUUUUGUCUCUUUAUGGAGAGGAAGUUGGGAGAAGUGUGACAAUGGUCUGAAGCAGGAAUGUACAGGUUUUGUUAGUGGUUGUGUUUUUUUUUUCAGUGUGGAAUAUAGAAUCAUCAUAAUGUGUGUAAAACAGAAAAAGUUAUCAUUAUAGUAUAAAAGUUUGCUCUUAAUA